AAUACAUUUUUAAAUUUAAAGAAUGUGAUCUAUCCCUCUGAUCUCUCCCACCUAUAUCAUGGGAAGGGCAAAUCACAAAAUACAGUCAUAACUAUUGUCCCAGUAAUUCUUGACAAGCUAUGGAGUUUUGUUGAGUCAAGUAAUCAUUGGCCUCUGUUUAAGUGUAUACAUAUGUUGUUUUCAUUAAGGUAAUUUUCUGUACUACUGCAACAAUAGGUGUUCCUAAAGGUUUGCCUUCUCAAUCUGAUUUCCCCAAUGGCAGAAUUCAAAAGUUAUCUUAGUUGUCUUUCUCUCAAGAAAUGCAUUACUAACAGCAAUAUGAUAUGUCUAUUAUUUUGUUUACAGUCAUAAUAAUUUAGCUUUACAAGAUAGCUAAGAGUUUUCUCCCUAUUUGCAGUUUAGGAGACACAAUUAACAUUUUCCCCUUUGGAUGUAAAGUCUAAAAUACACAAUGUUCUUGCUAUUUCAGGAUGCUGAUGAAGACUGUAUGUCGCAGGACCUUGCUGAACAAAGGAUGAACAUCAAGACUAAUAGGUUUGUGCACAGCUGUCCAAAAGCUGCAUUGUCAUCAAAAAUGCAGAGCUCUAGUAGCAUAGCUCAGGCCAGGCAGAUGGUGCAGCAGAUGAGGAUAGAGGCCAGCAUCGAGAGGAUAAAGGUGUCCAAGGCUUUAUCAGACCUGAUGUGCUACUGUGGAGAACAUGCCAAGAAUGACCCGCUGCUCAUGGGCAUCCCCGCUUCAGAAAACCCUUUCAAGGACAAGAAGCCUUGCACUUUUUUGUAGGGGAAUACCUGAACUCUUGCUGCUUUCCUUUGGAUUUAUGUGGAAUAAAAAAAAAAGCUGAUAGUAAUACUAUUUACAACUUAUCUUAAGGCCAGUGUUUCCCCCGUACCUUUUCGCAUGCCUGCUAAAGUUCAAGGACUGUAUUCCUCUCUGCUUUGCAGUCAGAUAGCAGUUACAGCAAAGAAUCUGCCUGAAGCUGUGGCCUAAAAGGAGCUGUGCCAUCGAUGGGAGAGUUCCUGACUCUCUAAUUAUCACAGCACGCAUAAACAAGCCCCCUCAAUCAUUGGUCCAAUCAGAUUUAGGCUUUCAGCUUUCACCUCUUACUUUCAUCAGGCUUGCUUCAGGAAACAGUUGUUGUAGGUUGUGUGCUACUGAUAAUGAGCACCAGAGAUAAUAAUAUCCUGUCGCCGGACGGGUUAACUGUGCUGUCCAUUACAUGGAGACAAAUAGAAAGAGUGGAGGUCCAUUGCCACUGAUGCACAGCUCCUGCUCCUAAUGUCACUAUGUUCUGUCUGCAAAGCCUAGGCUUAUUACUGUACAGGCAAUUUGAAACCUGGUUACACCAGAUGACAAUGUUAGUUUGAAACAUUCCAUGUUAACAACUGCUCUAAAACUUCCUCUGAUUUUAUUAUGAGAACCUAUGACUGGCAGUGGGUAGCUGUGACUUUAUUUACUUUGUGUUGGUGCUCAUGCAAAACAUAAGCAACUAAUUUGAAAUUUUACUAGCCAUGGCCUUAAUAAUGAAAUGAUCUGGCUUCAACCUCACAACUACCUUUUAAUCACAUAAGUACUGUUGUCUUAUAUUGUGAAGUCUCAUACUAUAAGCUGUUGUGUGUAUGACAAAAUAUUUAAAAAUGACUCAUGUUCAAUAAUAAAUUGCAUUUAGCUAUA